AUGAAUAAGUGAAUGUAACGUUUUAUGAAUAAAACCGAAAUGCAAGGAUUUCAAAGGAACUUUGAAGAUCAAGAACGGGAUCAAAGAGAGGAUGAGACUAUUGUGGUGGAUCUUGUGCCUCCACAGUAUCAGAUAAGCCCUCCACGUAGCCCGUCGCCGAAUAUACCCAAGACUUCUGAAAAAGAUGCAACGGUAUCUCAACAGCAACCUUUAUCAUCGAUGGACCCGAAUAUUAGAAGAUAUAGGACAGCGUUUACUCGGGAACAACUAUCAAGGCUAGAGAAAGAAUUUCACAGAGAGAAUUACGUUAGCAGACCUAGAAGAUGCGAAUUGGCGGCAGAAUUACAUUUACCGGAAUCGACAAUCAAGGUGUGGUUCCAAAACCGUCGUAUGAAGGACAAGCGGCAAAGAAUGGCCAUGGCGUGGCCGUACGCGAUGUACACGGAUCCAACGUUAGCGGCAACCCUCUUGGCGGCAGCAACGGCAAGUUUGCCACCUCCGUACCACGCAGCUCCGAGUCUACCACCUACUCAUCUGGGCCACAGCUACCCAGCAGCGGCAGCUUAUUACGCCACAAGAUAUACGCCGUACACUGCAGCACCUACGGGCGCAUCCUCCCUUCAUCGGCCACAUCCUCGCAACGCGGCUGCGUAUCCGCAUCUCCUGCAGCCUCAUCCUUCUCUACAACCCCUGCAUCUAUCGAACUUGGGCGUUUCUACAGUGGGAAAUAACGCCUUUCAGAUGAGCAACCCACCCACUAGCGCGUCGACCACUUACAGGCCGACGUUGUUACCCGAGUCCUUGAGUCCAAUUCACUCGGACGCCUCCAGUGACUGCGACUGCGUCGGGGUUCAGCAUCACCAUUCUCAUCAUAACAACAACCAACAACAAAUACUCGAGAAAAGCUCGCCACCCAAUACCAACGAUAGCACCCAACAGCAGAUCAAACUACCCACAGGUAUCGGUUUAUCUACUAGUAUUCAGUUACCUCCCAAGCCACCAUUAUUUCAACCAUAUACAAUGUGA